AUGUUAGAAAAGUGUUUUUCUGCUUGGAUUUUGUUUCUGUUGUGUUUUGUUUUUGUAAAAUAUCACUGUCAAAUAUGUACAAAAAGAGUUGUAGUCACUCGAUGGCAGCAACAAUCAUACAGGUACACAUACAGGGAGACUUAUCGAGGACAAUGUUGGUACGGCUGCAUUAAAACAAGGAUCGGAUUCUUUACUGAUAAUAGGAUUGUACCAAGAAAAAUAGUUGAGAGUCGUGAAAUUUGCUGCAAUGGAUACAUAGAUGUCAGUAAUACCUCGGAGAGAAUUGAAUGCGAACCCAUAUGUAUGCCAAGCUGCGUGAACAGUACCUGUCAAACGCCUGGGGUAUGUACUUGCAACGAUGGCUAUACGCGCGAUGCAGUAAGUUCCCAUAUUUGUAAGCCGAUAUGUUCAAACGAAUGUUUACAUGGAACUUGCGUAGCUCCGAAUAAUUGUCAAUGCGACUUUGGAUAUAGUCUGAAAAACGAAACAUGUGAACCUAUAUGUACAGAAUACUGUUAUAACGGAACAUGUGUUGCGCCAGAUACAUGUGAAUGCCUUCCUGGCUUUAGGUCAUCAGAAAAUAAUUUAUGCAAACCUUACUGCUCUCGUGGAUGUUCUAAUGGUGACUGUAUCGCUCCUGAAACCUGUAGUUGCUAUAUAGGAUGGUUAAAAAACGAAACAAGUAAUUCAUGUAUUCCACAAUGCGAAACUCCUUGUGGUAAUGGCACUUGUGUUGCUCCAAAUAAAUGCGAAUGUUUUAAUGGAUACGAAAUCGACCCAAAUUAUAAUGAAACUUUGAGUUCAAUGGUUUGUGUUCCAAACUGUAAAAAUUGUGUAAAUGGUACAUGUGUGGCACCAGAUGAAUGCAUUUGUCAACCUCCUUUUAUGAGUAAAUCUUUAACAAAUAGUGCAAAAGAGUGUGAUUGCAUCGAUGAUUGCUCAAACACUUCUUUAAAGUGUGAAAGCACCAUAUGUGUUUUAGAAGAAACAAAACCUUCUACGAUGGCACCGUAUUCUACUACUAAGGACCUAAUUACAAAGCAAUCUAACUUUUACAGCAAAAGUGAUCCUUCUGAAUCUACCAUUGAAUUAUCUGCAACGACCAUGUUUUAUAAUUUUUCCAAUGCAUCAUCAAAAGAAGUUGUACUUUAUACGAAAUCAUUAUUACCUGAAUCUGAUGAAAUAAAUGUUACUACGUCUUCUACAGAAUCAACAAUAUUUGUGAAAACAACACAUGAUAUAUAUAUUUCUAGCAAUAAUACAAAUUUUACAAAAAAUUAUAUGUCUAUGAAAAACGAAAACAAUAGUAAUUGGACUUCGAUGUGGAUUUAUAUACUGAUCGCAUUGUUUGUGCUAAUAGCUUUCCUCGUUAUAAUUAUUGUAGCCAAAAAGAAUUCUAUUGCAAGAUGGUUAAAAGGCGGCAGCUAUGUAGUACAAGAUGAUAAAUUCAAGGAUGUUAGUUCACCUGCCCACACUAUGGACAUGACCUACACGAAUGUGAGGAAUAGAAAUAAGGAUGAAAACAACUGA